AUGGAGGAUUUGGCACCUGGGUUCCGUUUUUACCCUACGGAAGAAGAGCUCAUCUCCUUUUAUCUGCAUAUCAAGCUAGAAGGGAAGAGAGAUGACCUGAACAAGGCUAUUGAUCGUAUUAUACCUGUUCUUGAUAUUUAUGACUUCAAUCCAUGGGACCUCCCACAAUUAUGUGGAGACUUGUGCCACAGAGACCCUGAACAGUGGUUCUUCUUCGUUCCAAGACAAGAAAGCGAAGCUCAUGGAGGGAAGCAAAAUCGACUCACUACCACUGGAUACUGGAAGUCUACUGGUUCUCUUGGUUUUGUUUACUCUUCCAACAAUCGGUGUGUUGGCGUUAAAAGGACGAUGGUUUUCUAUAAGGGAAGAGUUCCAAAUGGACAAAAUACUGAGUGGAAAAUGAAUGAGUAUAAAGCCAUACAAGGAGAUGCAUCCUCUUCAUCAACUGGUCCAAAUCCAAUGGUAAGGAAAGAAUUUAGUUUAUGCCGGGUGUACAAAAAAUCGAAAUGCCGGAGAGCAUUCGAUAGGAGGCCAAUUGGAGUGGAGAUCAGGCAGCCAAGCAUAGGACAAGUUGACGGCGAAGAGGCAAGAACAAAUCAUCAAAAUCCUCAAUUAAUGGUGGACAGACGAAGUUCACUUGAGGGUUCAUACCCACAAGAACUUGGCCUUCCGUCUGAAGUGGCAGCAUUGGUUACCGAUGAUGAACCAUUAUGGGAUUGGGAGCACUUAUAUAAUUGGGAUCAUUAUAAUGGAUAUCAGAUAUAGGAAUGUAGCCUGUAAAGAGAAACUUGAAUUUGAAGUUGUAGAAUCCAAUAAUUCUUCAUGUCUAGUAUAUAUAUAUAUAUACACAU